AUGGAGGUUCAGUGGUCAGGUAAGUUAAACACUUGUUGAAAGUGCAUAAAUUAUGUUCUAAAUAAGUUAAAACCAUGUUUAUCAAAUUAAUAAGCGAAUAUUUUAGAUUUGCGUCAAAAUGCAAGUUCAUUGGAACGAGAAAUCGACGACCUUCUCGGAUUGUUGAAUGGAGUACUGCCAAAAGAUGGUACGUUGAUUUGUUUUUGAUUGUAAGAUGUUUAGGUAGACUGCGGAGCGAUUCUGCUUACUUGGCCGCUCAACGAGGCCAAUUUGAUAAGGUGUCAGCUGAUCUAGAUUCUAAAAUAUCACGAUUACAAGAUAUAAACGAACGAAUGAAUGCCUACUUAAGCGAAUAUGAAAGAAAUGGACAUUACGACCAAUCAAUGAGGUCUUUGUACUUUAGACAUCGUGAAAUGUUCAGAUCUUACGUUCAGGAGUUGAGCAGAUCUCAAGGUGCUAUUUCGAAUGAACUUAAACGGUGAGUAAUACUAGUUUACAAAUGUUUUGCAGGAGCUUUUAUGCUUAUUUUUACUUUUUCACGUAAGAAAUACUUGAAAGCUUUAAAUUUGAGGUUUUUACAAUAAUGUUAGGUAUUUAAUUUUGUUUUUAGUUCUUUAUGAAAAGAAGAUUGAUUUUUAGGGCAGAACUACUGUGCACAUCGUCAACCGCACCUUCAGAAGGCUCAGCGUUGAGUAACCGGGCCAAAACUUCGGAUUAUUUACUACGGGAGAACGAUCGCAUUAACAGUUGUGAUCGAUUACUGGAUGAUCAGAUUAGUAUUGCCAUAGGUAUCAAAGAUAGUGUUCAAAAUCAGAGACUCAGCAUGAAUGAUAUCGGGCGAAAAUUGCAUCUUCUUGGCAGUGAGUUUGAAUAUAUUUUAUUUAAUUUUUUAGGUAUUAAUCGCUGUUAAAGUGACAUUUUUAAUCUUCAUUGUGUAAAAGAUUGUUUUAAAUAGUAAUUUUACAUUUUCAGAAAAGUACCCAGCUCUAGGCUCUUUAAUGAACAAGAUCCGUACUAAGAAACGAAAAGAUACGAUCAUUUUGGCCGUUGUCAUCACGACCUGUCUCAUAUUCAUAUUCUUCUACUUGAGUCAUUGA